AUGUCUCACAUCCAUCACACUUACCAUGGGCGCGUAGGAUCAUCAACCACGACCCUGUCCUGCUCCAGCUUCGCAGCACAAGGCUCCGAGAAGCAGCUUCAGUACGGUCAGCGCUGCGCGCUGCUACGAGAAGAGCGAUACAGGCGCAUCUCAAUAUGUGCGCUGGAGAAUAGCGAGUGGGCGGAACUCUGCAUCGUGUGUGCUGACGAGUUGGCGGAAGAGUGGUGGCGAGAGGAUGCACGAAAAAGCAACAAUGCAGGUCCUGCAGAGCCGCGUCCUCCGCGGUACACCUAUCGGUACAGGGCAGGAGCAACGGUGUCUGUGCUGUCUGUAGGCCAAUCGACGGAAGCCCUCAAUGGGAGUCUCACUGCCGCAGCCGGCUGUGUCAAUGCCGAGGAGAAUCAGCUGAGGCUGUGGGAGUGGGAGAACCGUGCCGACUUGCAGGAAUGGGAACUUGGCGAGCGAAAGGAGAUGGCCCAGGCAAUGCAGCGCAUCCUGGAGACACAGCGCGAGCUCGAGCUUGCCCAUCUGGAAGGUGCGUGUAGGCGUGUGAUGAACGGGACGACGGCGCUCAACUGGACGUCGUACCCACGCUACGACGCGCCGGAGCUGCUCUCAUGA